GUGCGGGCUAAAGAUGGCGGCGUCAGGAGCCGGGUCUCCCGGCCGGCUGGUCCAGUACGUGGUGGUCCGCUCGGAUCUGGUUCAUAAACUGUCCUGGCCCCUGGGGGCCGUGAUAACUCAGGCCUGCCACGCCGCUACCGCCGCCAUCCACCUGCACUACGGAGAUCCGGACACACAGCGCUACCUGUCCGAGCUGGACUCCAUGCACAAGGUGGUGCUGGGGGCUCCAGACGAGGCUGCCCUCUCUGGUCUGUCCGAGUCUCUGACGCAGGCUGGUGUCUCCCACAAGCUUUGGAUCGAACAGCCUGAGAACAUCCCCACGUGUUUAGCCCUGAAGCCGUAUCCAAAAGAAACUGUCCAGCCACUGAUGCGCAAGUUCAAACUCUUCAAAUGACUUCUGCUCCAAACACCGCCGCCUUGCUGAGACACUCUCCAUCCGAACACUCGUUUUUACUUUAAAUUGCAGUCUCCAAAAUGGACAGUGGGCACUGCACCCUUUUCUGUCCAGAAUUAAAAUCUGAAAUAAUGUCUGCUAAUCUGGGAUUAUUUGUUCUGAUGUUUUACAAAAUACAAAAGCUGUGUGGCAUUCGUUUGUGAUGUAAAAGCAAAAUGAGACGCCAACAAAAAUCCCUUAUCUCACCCCCAGCUGGUUCUCAUUGCUCAUCUAAAUAAACCAUUCCUGUUUAAUGCAGUGUAA